AUGAGCGCGUCCAGGUUCAUAAAGUGCGUCACGGUUGGGGACGGGGCUGUGGGCAAGACUUGUCUGCUUAUCUCCUACACCAGCAACACCUUCCCCACCGAUUACGUGCCAACUGUUUUCGACAAUUUCAGUGCAAACGUGGUCGUCAAUGGAAGCACUGUUAACCUGGGGUUAUGGGAUACAGCUGGACAGGAGGACUAUAAUAGAUUAAGACCUUUGAGUUAUCGCGGUGCUGAUGUUUUCAUACUGGCGUUCUCUCUCAUCAGCAAGGCGAGCUAUGAAAACGUGUCCAAGAAGUGGAUCCCAGAAUUGAAGCAUUAUGCACCCGGUGUUCCGAUCAUUCUUGUUGGAACAAAGCUUGAUCUUCGGGACGAUAAGCAGUUCUUUAUUGACCAUCCGGGUGCUGUGCCAAUUACUACAGCUCAAGGAGAGGAGCUCAGGAAGCUAAUUGGAGCACCAGCAUAUAUCGAAUGCAGUUCAAAAACACAGCAGAAUGUGAAAGGGGUCUUCGAUGCAGCAAUAAGGGUUGUCCUUCAACCUCCGAAGCAGAAGAAAAAGAAAGGCAAAGGGCAGAAGGCAUGCUCCAUAUUGUGA